UGCUGGAAACCCUCAAGGAGCUGCAGCAUGCGCUGUGACUGGGACACUCACUGUAUUCCUAAAGUCUUCAUCUGCAAUGGGAUUAGGGACUGUCUAGAUGGCACUGAUGAAGCCAACUGUGCUGUUUCCAGACCAGCUCAGACAAGCUGUAAGAGCCCCUCAGUACUGUGUCCGGGAACGUCCGUAUGUGUGUCUCAGGCUCAGCUGUGUGAUGGCAGAAGAGACUGUCCCGAUGGAUCUGAUGAAGCUUCUUGUAUAGAUGCAUGUGCUGCUCCAGGUGACUUUCUGUGUGAGGACAGGAGGAAGUGUAUUGAGGAAUCUCUAGUCUGUGAUGGGCGCUCUCACUGCCUUGAUGGUUCUGAUGAGGUGGGAUGUUCUACCAUAGCAACUAAAACCACAACCACUGCACCCUUCAAGUGUCGUGUGGGCACUAAACCCUGUAAGGACGGACGUGAGUGUGUGCUGUACAGUCAUGUGUGUGAUGGAGAGAUGGACUGUAAGGACGGAUCUGAUGAAGAACAUUGUGAACUUCAGUGCAAUCCAGGGAUGUUUCAGUGUAUUCAGGGGAAGAAGUGUAUUGACUUUCGGCAGGUGUGUGAUGGGACUCCUCAGUGUCCGGAUCACUCGGAUGAAGCAGGCUGCUGGAAACCCACUAAGAGCUGCAGCAUCCGCUGCGAUGGGAACAGCCGCU